CUAUUGAUAACUUUUAUGAAUAGAUGUUUGUAUGUGCGAAUGAUAGUGACAUGAAUAAGUGAUACAAAAAGUAAGUCUGUAUGUGUUUGCCCUCUUACCAAAUACAUCAUCAUUACUUACUCGGUGUAUAUACUUAUUAUUAUUAUUAUUAUUAUUAUACCUGGAUGACUUUGAUACGUGUCUCUUGUAUGUAGAAUAUUACAACACUACAAACUAUUGAGUAGUCGUUAAAUUACACUUACAAUUCAGUAAACCCGAUUACUUUUAUUUUCACUUUAGUCGUUUAGUCUUACGUACACUCAACGCAACUUGUUCUCUUGCUCUUUUCUAUCUUUUCUUAUUUAUCAUUACUAGUUAAUUAUUUUAUUAUAAAAAUAUAAUACUUUAUCUGGUGUAAUGUACGUGUGCACUUGAAAAUAUUUUUUUGUUAUCUGAAGACGUGUUAGUAAUUAAUAUAUAUUCAAAUGGUAUCGCGUGUGGCUAAUAAAAGUGAUGAUAAAUUAUUAUCUGUACCUGUAAAUGAUCGUGUACGAAGAAGUAGCUUGUCAUUAUUGAAUUUGCCAGAUAGUUCAUCAUUUCAAGGUGUCGCGGGUUCUGCUAGACGACGAUUGAGUAACGUCAGUGAUGUUGUGUCGAAAAAAAUAUCAGAUACUAUCGGCUGGCGAUCUGUUGCUGCUAAUGUUGAACUUGCUGUCAUGCAGGGAUCAGUACUUUGCGGUCAAUUUAUUAAAAAUCGUCUGAAACGGUCGGGAAUAUUUCAAAAAAAGUUGGGAUUGAAAAGAAUGCGAAGUGGCGGAAUGAUGUCAUCUGAAGGAUUGCUAGUUGUAGCAGAAGUAUGUCCGGUGUUGAAUAGUUUAGGAGCUGAACUAGAAAAGAUGUAUCCGAAAUUGUAUAAAAAUAUUGCACGGCAAAUAGGAGCCGGGUCAUUUUCCAAUGAACAAUCUGCUGCAGAAGCCAUCACUGAUGUAUCACGUGAAUUAUUGAGGACUGGUGAAAUGACAUGGAGUAAAAUAAUAUCACUGUACUCAGUGGCUGGUGGUGUUGCUGUUGACUGUGUCCGUCAAGGAAAGCCCGAGUUUAUCGGAGCUAUUCAACGUGCGAUGACAAAUGUCCUUGAAGAAGAUUUGGCCUCGUGGAUUCAAGCCAAUGGAGGAUGGAUUGCAUUAAGUAAUAGAUGCCGUACAAGCAUUGAUGCAGACACAUGGCAAGAACGUGACACAUUAAUUUUACUUGUUUCAACGACAGUUAUUAUGGGGCUUGCAUUAUUAUUACGGAUAUUCAUUUUCUAUUAACUAUCAUCAGAUUUGUUGUUGUUAUCAGUCUCUACCUCCGUCUCUGUGAUUAUACUAUUCUGUAUAUUAAAUAAUAAUAAUUAGAAUAAUAAAAAAUUGAUUUAAAUGAAUAAUAAAUAAUUACCAUUGA